AUGGAAUCUGGGAGAAGGGGAUGGAAUCUGGGAGAAGGGGAUGGAAUCAGGGAGAAGGGGAUGGAAUCUGGGAGAAGGGGAUGGAAUCAGGGAGAAGGGGAUGGAAUCUGGGAGAAGGGGGUGGAAUCUGGGAGAAGGGGGUGGAAUCUGGGAGAAGGGGAUGGAAUCUGGGAGAAGGGGAUGGAAUCUGGGAGAAGGGGAUGGAAUCUGGGAGAAGGGGAUAGAAUCAGGGAGAAGGGGAUGGAAUCUGGGAGAAGGGGGUGGAAUCUGGGAGAAGGGGGUGGAAUCUGGGAGAAGGGGAUGGAAUCUGGGAGAAGGGGAUGGAAUCUGGGAGAAGGGGAUGGAAUCUGGGAGAAGGGGAUGGAAUCUAGGAGAAGGGGAUACAAUCUGGGAGAAGGGGAUAAAAUCGGGGAGAAGGGGAUGGAAUCUGGGAGAAGGGGAUGGAAUCUGGGAGAAGGGGAUGGAAUAUGGGAGAAGGGGAUGGAAUCAGGGAGAAGGGGAUGGAAUCUGGGAGAAGGGGACGUAAUCAGGGAGAAGGGGAUGGAAUCUGGGAGAAGGGGGUGGAAUCUGGGAGAAGGGGGUGGAAUCUGGGAGAAGGGGAUGGAAUCUGGGAGAAGGGGAUGGAAUCUGGGAGAAGGGGAUGGAAUCUGGGAGAAGGGGAUGGAAUCUGGGAGAAGGGGAUGGAAUCUGGGAGAAGGGGAUACAAUCUGGGAGAAGGGGAUGGAAUCGGGGAGAAGGGGAUGGAAUCUGGGAGAAUGGGAUGGAAUCUGGGAGAAGGGGAUGGAAUCUGGGAGAAGGGGAUGGAAUCUGGGAGAAGGGGAUGGAAUCUGGGAGAAGGGGGAUGAAAUCUUGGAGAAUGGGAUGGAAUUUGGGAGAAGGGGAUGGAAUCUGGGAGAAGGGGAUGGAAUCUGGGAGAAGGGGAUGGAAUUUGGGAGAAGGGGAUGGAAUCUGGGAGAAGGGGAUGGAAUCUGGGAGAAGGGGAUGGAAUCUGGGAGAAGGGGAUGGAAUCUAGGAGAAGGGGAUGGAAUCAGGGAGAAGGGGAUGGAAUCUGGGAGAAGGGGAUGGAAUCUGGGAGAAGGGGGUGGAAUCUGGGAGAAGGGGAUGGAAUCUGGGAGAAGGGGAUGGAAUCUGGGAGAAGGGGAUGGAAUCUGGGAGAAGGGGAUGGAAUCAGGUAGAAGGGGAUGGAAUCUGGGAGAAGGGGAUGGAAUCUGGGAGAAGGGGAUGAAAUCUGGGAGAAGGGGAUGGAAUCUGGGAGAAGGGGAUGGAAUAUGGGAGAAGCGGAUGGAAUAUGGGAGAAGGGGGUGGAAUCUAGGAGAAGGGGGUGGAAUGUGGGAGAAGGGGAUGGAAUCUGGGAGAAGGGGAUGGAAUCUGGGAGAAGGGGAUGGAAUCUGGGAGAAGGGGAUGGAAUCUAGGAGAAGGGGAUGGAAUCUGGGAGAAGGGGAUAGAAUCUGGGAGAAGGGGAUGGAAUCGGGGAGAAAGGGAUGGAAUCUGGGAGAAAGGGAUGGAAUCUGGGAGAAGGGGGAGAAGGGGGUGGAAUGUGGGAGAAGGGGAUGGAAUCUGGGAGAAGGGGAUGGAAUCUGGGAGAAGGGGAUGGAAUCUGGGAGAAGGGGAUGGAAUCUAGGAGAAGGGGAUGGAAUCUGGGAGAAGGGGAUAGAAUCUGGGAGAAGGGGAUGGAAUCGGGGAGAAGGGGAUGGAAUCUGGGAGAAGGGGAUGGAAUCUGGGAGAAGGGGAUGGAAUCUGGGAGAAGGGGAUGGAAUCAGGGAGAAGGGGAUGGAAUCUGCGAGAAGGGGAUGGAAUCUGGGAGAAGGGGGUGGAAUCUGGGAGAAGGGGAUGGAAUCUGGGAGAAGGGGAUGGAAUCUGGGAGAAGGGGAUGGAAUCUGGGAGAAGGGGAUGGAAUCAGGUAGAAGGGGAUGGAAUCUGGGAGAAGGGGAUGGAAUCUGGGAGAAGGGGAUGGAAUCUGGGAGAAAGGGAUGGAAUUUGGGAGAAGGGGGUGGAAUCAGGGAGAAGGGGAUGAAAUCUGGGAGAAGGGGAUGGAAUCUGGGAGAAGGGGAUGGAAUAUGGGAGAAGCGGAUGGAAUAUGGGAGAAGGGGGUGGAAUCUAGGAGAAGGGGGUGGAAUAAUCUGGGAGAAGGGGAUGGAAUCGGGGAGAAGGGGAUGGAAUCUGGGAGAAGGGGAUGGAAUCUGGGAGAAGGGGAUGGAAUCAGGUAGAAGGGGAUGGAAUCUGGGAGAAGGGGAUGGAAUCUGGGAGAAGGGGAUGGAAUCUGGGAGAAGGGGAUGGAAUCUGGGAGAAGGGGGUGGAAUCAGAGAGAAGGGGAUGAAAUCUGGGAGAAGGGGAUGGAAUCUGGGAGAAGGGGAUGGAAUAUGGGAGAAGGGGAUGGAAUCUGGGAGAAGGGGAUGGAAUCUGGGAGAAGGGGAUGGAAUCUGGGAGAAGGGGAUGGAAUCUGGGAGAAGGGGGUGGAAUCUAGGAGAAGGGGGUGGAAUGUGGGAGAAGGGGAUGGAAUCUGGGAGAAGGGGAUGGAAUCUGGGAGAAGGGGAUGGAAUCUGGGAGAAGGGGAUGGAAUCUGGGAGAAGGGGAUGGAAUCUGGGAGAAGGGGAUAGAAUCUGGGAGAAGGGGAUGGAAUCAGGAAGAAGGGGAUGGAAUCUGGGAGAAUGGGAUGGAAUCUGGGAGAAGGGGAUGGAAUCUGGGAGAAGGGGAUGGAAUCUGGGAGAAGGGGAUGGAAUCUGCGAGAAGGGGAUGGAAUCUGGGAGAAGGGGAUGGAAUCUGGGAGAAGGGGAUGGAAUCUGGGAGAAGGGGAUGGAAUCUGGGAGAAGGGGAUGGAAUCUGGGAGAAGGGGGUGGAAUCUGGGAGAAGGGGGUGGAAUCUGGGAGAAGGGGGUGGAAUCUGGGAGAAGAGGAUGGAAUCUGGGAGAAGGGGAUGGAAUCUGGGAGAAGGGGAUGGAAUCUGGGAGAAGGGGAUGGAAUCUGGGAGAAGGGGGUGGAAUCUGGGAGAAGGGGAUGGAAUCUAGGAGAAGGGGAUGGAAUAUGGGAGAAGGGAAUGGAAUCUGGGAGAAGGGGAUGGAAUCUGCGAGAAGGGGAUGGAAUCUGGGAGAAGGGGAUGGAAUCUGGGAGAAGGGGAUGGAAUCUGGGAGAAGGGGAUGGAAUCAGGGAGAAGGGGAUGGAAUCUGGGAGAAGGGGGUGGAAUCUGGGAGAAGGGGGUGGAAUCUGGGAGAAGGGGGUGGAAUCUGGGAGAAGGGGAUGGAAUCUGGGAGAAGGGGAUGGAAUCUGGGAGAAGGGGAUGGAAUCUGGGAGAAGGGGAUGGAAUCUGGGAGAAGGGGAUGGAAUAUGGGAGAAGGGGAUAGAAUCUGGGAGAAGGGGAUGGAAUCUGGGAGAAGGGGAUGGAAUCUGGGAGAAUGGAAUUGAAUCUGGGAGAAGGGGAUGGAAUCUGGGAGAAGGGGAUGGAAUCUGGGAGAAGGGUAUAGAAUCUGGGAGAAGGGGAUGGAAUCUGGGAGAAGGGGAUGCAAUCAGGGAGAAGGGGAUAGAAUCUAGGAGAAGGGGAUGGAAUCAGGGAGAAGGGGAUGGAAUCUGGGAGAAGGGGAUGGAAUCUGGGAGAAGAGGGUGGAAUCUGGGAGAAGGGGAUGGAAUCUGGGAGAAGGGGAUGGAAUCUGGGAGAAGGGGAUGGAAUCUGGGAGAAGGGGAUGGAAUCAGGGAGAAGGGGAUGGAAUCUGGGAGAAGGGGAUGGAAUCUCGGAGAAGGGGAUGGAAUAUGGGAGAAGGGGAUGGAAUCUGGGAGAAGGGGAUGGAAUCUGGGAGAAGGGGAUGGAAUCAGGGAGAAGGGGAUAGAAUCUAAGAGAAGGGGAUGGAAUCUGGGAGAAGGGGGUGGAAUCUGGGAGAAGGGGGUGGAAUCUUGGAGAAGCGGAUGGAAUCUGGGAGAAGGGGAUGGAAUCUGGGAGAAGGGGAUGGAAUCUGGGAGAAGGGGAUGGAAUCUGGGAGGAGGGGAUGGAAUCUGGGAGAAGGGGAUGGAAUCGGGAAGAAGGGGAUGGAAUCUGGGAGAAUGGGAUGGAAUCAGGGAGAAGGGGAUGGAAUCUGGGAGAAGGGGAUGGAAUCUGGGAGAAGGGGGUGGAAUCUGGGAGAAGGGGAUGGAAUCUGGGAGAAGGGGAUGGAAUCUGGGAGAAGGGGAUUGA